AUGAGGAAGAAAAGUACUCCAUAUUGUUCUUUUCAAUAUCCAUCUUGGUACUAUGAUCUUAAACACACACAACCUUUAAGAGGGAAUCAAUGUGACAACAAUGAUAAUUCUGAGAAAGUGAAACAUGCAUGUAAUGUUUGCAGUAAAGAUUUUCAGUCUAAAAAGGCUUUGAAUGGGCACAUGAGAAUACACAAAAAAGAUAACAAGGGUAUUCCUCCGCCACCAAUUUCAUCUCCUCAGAAUAUUGACUUAUCAAAAUAUUUGCCCGAAAAAUCGCAUAAAUGCAGCAAGAGGAAUAGUGAUAUCAAUACUAUUGAUAAUGAUCAUGGUGACAGGAAAAAGCUGAAGCUUAGCAGCAUAUUGGUGUUGAAAUUCAAGACUGUUAAAAAAAAAUUAAUAAUAGAAGAUUAUAGUUAUAGUUACUUGUUAUUUCAAUAUCAUGAACAUGAGUAUUGUGAUUGUUUGCAUUCAUGA